AUGUCCGCCUCUCCCCCGUCCCCGCCGCCGUACCGCCUCCGCGACACCGCCAACCGCUCACGUCGUGCGACCGCUGAUGCCGCGGCCGGCCCCUCCCGUCCUCGCUCCGCCGCUCGCGCGCGCGCGCCCGCGUCCUCCGCGUCGCACUCGCGCGCCGCCUCCGCCGGUCUUUCCCUCCGGAUCCCCGCCCCCGCCGUGUCCUCCGCUGGCGGUCUGCUCAGCCCCUUUGCCGGCUGGUCCGACUUGUCGGCGCCCUCGUCCCUCUCACCGUCCACCGCCGCUCUCUCCGCGGUGGCUCCCGCUUUCACCUUGCCGUUCUCCGCGGACGCGCUCGCCUCUGCUCUCGGCGGGCCCUCGCGCGCGCCUUCGCGCGCGGCCUCGCGCUCUCCGUCGCCGGCGCUCUCUGUCCGGUCGGUUCCGGUCUCUUCGGAUUCGCGCCCGUCUGUCGUGUUCCCGCUCGCCGCCUCGGCGCCUGUCACUCCGCCUCGCUCGCAUCCAUCCCCGGGGCCGCCUCCUGACAGCAGCUCCGCCUCUUCGCCUGCGUUGCGUCAUACGUCGCCGGUGCCCGACGAGCCCUUAAGCCCGGCGCCCUGCGCGCCUGCUUCCGUUUCCUUGCCGCCCACUUCUGUUCGCGUCCCGCCGUCCGCCGUUCCUCUGCCGCCGAGCCCCCGCUCGUCGUCUCGCCUCCCCGCCCGUUCUCGCUCGUCCUCUUCUGCCUCUUCCGCCUCGUUCUCGUCUGACUCUUCUUCUCACGACAUGUCCUCGCUCACCAAAGACGUGUUCUUCCCGGCUGUUGGCUCGAUCGCCGAAGUCUAUCAGCUCGGCCCCAAGGGUUUCCCUAUCGCCGGGGCCGGCGGGCUGAACGUGCCCCUUCUGCACGCCAUGUUCUCUCGCGCCGAGUCUCAUACUUUCGUCCACGACAAGCGCAUCACCUCCGACCGCGACAAGGUCCAGGCUGCGCUUGACUCCUUCUCGGUCAACUUCCAGCUUCGCGCCCUCAAGGAUUCCAUGGGCGACUUCUUGAUCGACCUUCCCUGGUCCACCUUCGUCUCCACCAUUCACAACAACGUCCUCGAGCACCAGUGGGACAAGGUCCACCGCCUCGCCAUUGUCCACGCCAAGCAGGGCAACCGGCCCUACAAGGAAUGGUUCCAGGGUCUCGAGCAUCACAACCGCAUGCUCGCCUUCUCCGACCUCGGUUCUUUCUCCCCUGACCGCUUCCUCGAGUCGGUCACGCUGGGCACCAGCGACUCCAUCCUCGCCACUAUCGAGUACCACGGGCUGACCAAGCAUCCCUACGUCCCCGUGGACCUCCCCAUCGCCGAGUCCCGCUACAAGUUAUUCCUCCAGACCCGGGCUGCGGGCCACGCCGCCCGCACUCUCGCCGCUACCACCGCUGGCACCUCCCCGCCACCUCCCCUGGCCACAGGUGUCAUUCCGUCCCCUCCGUGGCUCGUCUGCGCCAUGGUCGGCGACAUCGCCGCUCGCAAGGAAAAGAAGCGCGCGGAGCGCCUCGACUUGUACUCACGCAUCUCCAGCGCCAAGCCCCGCUCAUCCAAGGGCUCUGCCGCCGCUGCUUCCUCCUCGGACACCGCUCCCUCCUCCUCUGGCUCCGGCGCCACCCGUCUCCACCCCCGCAAGCUCACGGAGGAGGGGCGCCAGCUGCUCAUGGCCAACAAUGGCUGCCUCAAGUGCCGCCAGAUCUUCUUCGUCUCCGGCCACAACUUCCAGGGCUGCACGUCGCGCCCGGCCGCCGACCACCCCACCAUCGACCUGGCUUAUGUCCGCCGUGUCCACGCCGCUCUCCUGGUCACCAACCCCGACCUCCCCGCUGUCCGCAUUCCCGCCGGCGGUCUUCCGGCCGUCGGCGCUACCACCGCGUCCAUCGAGUUCGAACUCGCCGAGGAGACUGCCGCGUUCCUCGACGCCGAGGAGGCCGCGUACGAGUCCGCCUACCUUGGUCAGGACUCGGACCCGGACUCGGAUUUCGAAGCCGCCAUGACUAUUGACGAGUACGUCCUUCCUCGAGUCUCGCAUCCCCCUGCGCUCGAUUUGGACUCGCUCUGUGUCUCCCGCCGUUUCCGCGACGCUCAGGUGUCGGGCCUGCUGUCCGACGCUAUUGUCUGCGCUGCCGUCGCCUCUGGCGUCGGUUUCCGCCGUGCCGUUUCCCACCGCGCGGACUCGUCGCUCUCGUCUCCGCUCACCUCUCGGCCUCUGCUCGCUCCUCUUCUCGCCCAUGCCCGCUCUCGUCACUCUGCUACCUCUGGCCGCGUCCCGCUGAACUGUCUCAUUGACACGGGUUCACAGGUAGCCGCCAUCAUGCGCCCAUCCGCCGCCCACUCGCUCGGCAUCCCGGAGCAGGAGUGGGGGGUUUUUGACGUUCCGUUGGUUGCGAAGGGAGCUUUUGCCGAUUCGUGUACAUCUACUACGCCUCCGGGCGCGCCUGUUCCCUCUUCCCCGCCGUCCGUGACAUCCUUCCUCGCCGUCAACCGCCUUGUCUGCGAUGCCUCUGAGCGCGCUGUUUACGACAAGGACACCGGCUACGACUUGCUCAACCCUUCUGUUCCUCGUCUUCCACCUCGCCCGGCUCCCGUCGAUCUUUCGGCCGCGCCUGUCGACCCUCUCGCCGCCCUUCGGUCCCACGCUGCUGAGCGCGCCGCCCGCGACGCGGACUUCCUGGCUUUGGACAUUGCCUCGGCCGACCUGCUCUCACAGUUCCUCCACGGCCAUGACGCGCCCGCCGGUCCGCCGCCCGUCUUCUCUCUCGCUGACUUCAUUCCGGAGAUCGACGCCCGGAUCAACACCAUUGCCUACGUUGACCACCUCGCCGCUCUCGAUGCUCGUUAUAAGGAGCAGUACGCGAGCGUCUUCGCCUCCGUUCCUCACGCCUCUCACCUGCCUACCUCCGUCCUGCACAAGAUUGAGCUCAAGGACGCCAACGCUACCAUUGCCCGCCGUGCCUAUCGUACGCCUAAACAAUACGCGUCUGCCUUCCAGGCUCUUCUGGCCGACAAUCUCGCCGCCGGCCGUAUUCGCCCGUCUCAGUCUCGUUUCGUCUCGCCCAGUUUCCUCGUCGACAAGCCCGACGGUUCCAAACGCCUCGUCAUUGACUAUCGCCAACUCAACGAGAACACCGUCCCGGAUCACUUCCCUAUGCCGCUCGUCGACGACAUCCUCAGCGACUGCGCGCUUGGCUCCAUCUGGGGCAAGCUCGACAUGACCGCCGCCUUUCACCAGACUCGCAUGCACCCCGACUCCGCCCAGUACACGGCCUUUGAAGCCUGUGGCCGCGUCUGGGAAUGGGACGUCAUGCCCAUGGGCGGUCGCAACGCGCCCGCCGUCCAGCAACGCCGCCUCACCGAAGCUCUCGGUCCUCUUAUCGGCGAAAUCUGCCAUGUGUACCUUGACGACAUCAUCAUCUGGUCCAACUCCCUCGUGGAACACCAGGAGAACGUUGCCCGGGUUCUCGCCGCGCUCGCGAACAACGGCCUCUACUGCUCGCUGAAGAAGUCUAUCCUCUUCGCCGAAUCCGUCACCUUCCUCGGUCACUGCAUCUCUGAGGCCGGCAUCGAAGCCGACUCCUCCAAGUGCGACCGCAUCCUCGACUGGCCCGUCCCCCGCAGUGCGAAGGACGUUCGCUCCUUCCUCGGCCUUGUCCGCUACCUCGCCGCCUUCCUCCCCAACCUCGCCGAGUACACCCGUAUCCUCACUCCGCUUACCAUCAAAGCUGCCGACCGCACCUGGCCCGGGUGGCAUGCUCACCACCAACGCGCCUUCGACGCUAUCAAGGAACUUGUCACCAGCCGCGACUGCCUCACGUCCAUCAACCACCGCGACAUGGGCGACAACAAGAUCUUCCUCACCACCGACGCUUCCGACUGGCGCUGCGGCGCUGUGCUCUCGUACGGCCCUACUUGGGAGACCGCCCGCCCCGUCGCCUUCGACUCUGUCCAGUUCAAGGGCGCGGAACUCAACUACGCCGUCCAUGAGAAGGAGCUCCUUGCCAUCAUGUAUGCCCUCAAGAAGUGGCGCCACGAACUCGUCGGCCACCACUUCGAGAUUCGCACCGACCACCGCACUCUCAAAAACUUCAAAUCUCAGCCUCACCUGUCGCGCCGCCAGCUGCGCUGGUCCCGCGACCUUGCCGACUACGACUAUACACUCAUAUACAUCCCUGGUGACUCCAACACUGUCGCCGACGCCUUGUCCCGCCUGCCUGCCGACCAGUCCGUCGACGCGCCCGCUCCUUUCGUCGCUUCGGUCGCGCUCGCUCUUUUCAACGACGAACCUCCCGACUGCGCCACCGACAUCGCCGCUACCCUCACUGUCCAAACCGACCCCGCCUUUACCCGCCGCAUUGCCUCCGGCUACGCCAAGGAUGCCUGGGCGUCCAAGGUCCUCGACAACCUCUCCAGUGUCCCCACGGCUCGCACGGCCACCACCGAGCACGGCCGUCUCCUCUACAUUGGUGCCCGUCUGGUGAUCCCGCGCAUCGACACCCUCCGCCAAGAUGUUUUCGAGCUCGCCCACGACGCGCUUGGCCAUUUCGGCCUCGACAAAUCCUACGAAGUGCUGCGCACCAGCUACUUCUGGCCCGGCAUGCGCGCCGACCUCGCGAACUCCUACCUCCCCUCCUGCGACGCCUGCCAGCGCAACAACGCUUCCACCACCAAGCCUGUUGGCCCGCUCCAUUCACUCCCCGUGCCCGGCGCUCGUGGCGACUCCGUCGCCAUCAAUUUCAUCGGCCCGCUUCCCGCAUCCGGCCCUGAGGCCUACAACUACCUCAUGACCAUGACCGACCGCUCCGGCUGCGACAUACGCGCUGUGCCCUGCCACAAGACGCUCACCGCCGAGGGCGCUGCCCACCUCUUCUUCCGCCACUGGUACUGCGAAAACGGUCUUCCGCUCGAGAUCGUUUCCGACCGCGACGCCCGCUUCGACAAUCAACUCUGGCGCGCGUUCCACAAACUCACCGGCAUCAAGCUUCUCAUGUCCUCCUCGUUCCACGCCCAAACCGACGGCGCCUCCGAGCGCACCAACAAGACUCUUAUUUACGGGGCAUACUUGAACCGUUUUUUCCAUACCAGUUGUUUCGUGCAAAAGCCCGUGCCUGCACGUUUCGCCGCUUUUGGUUAA